CUUUAGACUUAGUAGCCUUUAGUUUAUUUUUAUUAUUUCUAGUAGAUCCAGAUCUAGCUAGCCCUAGACGUCUAUCUAAAUCUACUCUACAUCAACACUGAAGUGAAAGUCAGUAAAAGUAAAAGUGAGUCUAGUCCACUGCGCAUUGACGCCAUUGACAGUUCCCUGAUCUUAGAUCUGUACUGUAGACUCAGUGUAGAGUGUUGUGUUGAGACAGGUCAGUGUGGAUUCAGUGAUGAGUGUGGAAGAAGAACAAAGACAAAAACUAACAAUCUCAAAAAGUUACUUUACUGCAGCCUUUACAGCAAAUACCAAAAUUAAACACAAAGGUUUAAUAGAAAGCUUGCAGAUUUUUCAUGAAUAGCGGUCUUUAGGCUGCAUAUCUGUCAUAACGAUGUCAGUGAGCACCUAAGUGGUAAAAGGAACCUGUGUAUGAAAUUUCAUGCGAAUACGUUUUAUAGUUUAAAAGAUCUCUUGAUCAAUCAAGCUAGCAGAUUUAACAAUUUGAAAAUCUGGUGUGAUCAUUUGAGUUUCAUCAGCUUUUUGAAUCAAUACACCAUUAGAAUUUGACUGUGAGUCAAAAUAGGUACAAGAAUGUCCAAGAAUGGAAAAAUUAGAAAAGCAAGUCAUGCUGGGAGCUGGUACUCAGAAUCAGGAAAUGAACUGAAUGCCCAGCUGGGGAGUUGGCUUUCCCAAGCAACAGAGUCAUCCAAGCCAGCCAAAGCAAUAAUUGCACCACAUGCUGGAUAUUUUUUCUGUGGAGCCUGUGGGGCUUAUGCAUAUCGUCAAGUUGAUCCAAAUGCAGUUAAACGUGUAUUUAUCUUGGGGCCUUCUCAUCAUGUACGAAUGUCAAAAUGUGCAUUGUCUGGUACAGAUAUUUAUGAAACACCUCUUUACAACCUAGUGAUUGAUAAAAAAGUAUAUGAAGAGCUGUAUGCUACUUCAGCCUUUGAGACCAUGUCUAUCAGCACAGAUGAAGCUGAACACAGCAUUGAGAUGCAUCUUCCUUAUAUAGCCAAAGUAAUGGAAAGUCGCCGUGGGCAAUUUACCAUAGUACCAAUCCUCGUUGGAUCUCUGUCUCCUGAAAUGGAAAUGAAAUAUGGUCAAAUUUUAAGCAGUUAUCUUAAAGAACCUGGAAAUUUGUUUGUGAUUUCUUCAGAUUUUUGUCACUGGGGCAAACGUUUCAGCUAUACUUAUUAUGAAAAGUCUCAUGGAAAAAUCUGGCAGUCGAUUGAAGCUCUGGACAGAAUGGGUAUGGAUAUUAUUGAAAAGAUGGAUCCUUCUAAUUUUACCAAGUACCUGCAAACCUUCCAGAACACUAUAUGUGGUCGACAUCCAAUUGGGAUUUUGCUCAAUGCUAUUGACAAACUUAAGCAGUCAACUAACAGUAAUGGACUAAAGAUGGAAUUAAAGUUCUUGAAAUAUGACCAGUCAAGUAAGUGUGAAAGUCCCAACGAUUCCUCUGUCAGCUAUGCCUCUGCAGCCUUAGUCCUCCAGUAAAGUACUGCUAUGCUUAUUGCAGACUGUCCAUUUUAAUUGUGUGAUAAUGUAUCACUAAGUUGUAUUUGUUUUUUUAUGUAUGAAAAUUGAUGAUUAUAUUUUUGUUUUACUUGUGCAUAAAAAUGUUUUUUUUAUUGACAUUGUGAUGUAAAAGAGCAAUGAGUGGCAGAAUUGGUUUUGAUUUAACUGAUUUAUGUGGAAAAACAACUUAAAAAAAAACAACAAGAUAUCUAUAUAUAAAAUAAUCAAAGGUCUCAUUAUAUACCGGUACUUAACAAGUUCCAAUGAAAAAAAAUGGAUGUGAAAAAUUCUGUGAUGACAUGACAUCUUUGUUUUAAAGUUUUAUCUUUCAUAAACAAAUACUCUUUGCUUUUCUAGUUACUUUUAAAACAAGAAUUUGACUGCACGCAAUUCAUAGGGAACUAUUCUCUCCCAUUGUAAUGACUAGUAUGUUUUUAAACUAUGUUUUUUUUUAAGAUAAUACUCUUAAUAUUUCUUAACUAUGAUUUUUGUUUUUAAAUCAACAUUUAUCUUUUUAUACCUUAUACAUUGAAAGGUAUUUUGAUUUAAAGAAACCUACCCUAACAAGUCCACAGCUGAACUCUUGAUCUUCUAGUGAGGUCUUGUAUUGUGAAUGUGAAAACUUAUAUUACUUCAUUUUCUCUCUUUUUUUUAAUGUUAUAAUUAUACUCUUAGAAAUAUAUGUAGAAGAAUAGAUCUGACAUCAAAUUUAGUUCUGGUCAGUACUACUUUUAAGAAAUAAUACAGCAGUGGAUGCAAAUUAUUAUCAUCACCCCAAAUUUUACUCAAGGGAUACAAAUAGUUGGAUCUUAAAUGGUUCACUAGAGUUGUCUUCUUCUUGAUUAGGUAUACAUAGAACAUUGGUACAAACUAUCAGACAUUUCCAAGAUCCUAAGAAUUAAUUAUAAGUCUUGGGUUAUUCCUUAAUAUCUUUCUUACUAGUUAUAAGGUAAAUUACCUGAACAGUGGCUCUAUUGUAAAUUGAAGCAUUGAAAUUUCUUUUUGCUUCUAGCUCGAUUACAAUUUUUAAUAGAGAUUUUACUUAAGACCACGAUAUUGUGUUUCUGCUAACAACCUGUUAGUGAAUUUUAUGCUUGAAUUAGCACAAUGCCUAUUGAAGAAGCCUAAGCAGGUAUUAGAAGUUUACCAUCUAGUUAUUAAACUAUGUAUCUUACUUGUGUUUAUUAGCUUUCACUUGUCUGCCAUUGUCAUAUGUCCAUCUUAGUAUUUAACCAUAAAUGGAAAUAAGAAUUGGUUGUCUUUUAAUUUUGGAAAUGGUGGUGUUGUGAACUCCUGACAUGGCUUUGACAUGGACACAUAAAUAAAUGUACUUCUUUCAAUAAUUCAAACAAUGCCAGGGAUCAAUUAAUAACAGAAAUAUAAAUUUUAUAAAAACAAUCAGAAUAAUUGUAAUUGUAGACAAAUAUUAAACUAUAUAUAUAUAUAUAUACACAACUAUGAAACUGACUUCUAUAGUACUUAUACGGUUAGACUCAAAACUCAGGCCUCUGACAACAAUAACAAUCUCUCAAGAGUCGUCACUCUACUUUAACUAAUAGACCUUUGUGUUGGACUGCAUUGCCAUGCUUUGCAAAUUGUAUACUUGUGGAGACCAUUGUGGCAGAAAAUUUGAUUUCUUGACCAUCAUCUUUUUGUAAUAUUUGGCCCGGGUGUGUCACUUUGUAAGUCUGGCACAUUUUCAUGAUGGUUUCCACGUUACUUGUAGAAAAGCAAACAGAUUCUUCCCAGCUAGAGAUAUAAUUUGAUCAACGAAAAAUUGUUUUAGAUUUUCAAAUGAUGCUUUGAUUCCUGAUGUUUGGUCCCAUUUCUCAAAAGUUAUUUUCACUUCAGCAACGAAUUGGUGGUUUUAACUCAUGGAACCUUUGUCGAGAGUCAUCUUCACUGUCUUGGUAUAAGUCAAGCCGUGUUUUCUUUAGGAUGGCAUAAUUGGUUACCUCAUUGUCACUAAAACCUUGUAAUGGAUCAAGAGCUCUUUCCCUAACCAAACUAAGAAGUUGUAUGGCCCAUUGGUUUUGUGUUUACUUUUCCAGCUUCAUUAGCAUUUCAAAACUCUUAAUAAAUGUCUGUGCCUUCAACAAAUUUUUGUCUUUUGUUUGUAUUGUAUUUCUUUUUCUUGUAUCCCUAUUUUCCUGUGCAUCAACAUUCUUCCCUUUUCUCUGGUCUCAAUUACUGCAAUUCUGGCCUUUGAUUCUUCAUCUUCUCUUUUUAUUUUCGCUGUCAGUUGUUUUUCUCUUAAUUUCGCUCCAAAGUUCAUCUAGUCUUUUUUCAUUGCAAGCUUCCUUUCUUCCAAUUUGCCUUUUCUCUCCUUUCCUCCACUCUAGCAUCUCUUUCCUCAUUCUGCCUAAUGUUGUUAAACACCCACUCAUCAAACUCUUCUUUUUGGUAGGCCAGACUUUUCCCUGUUUCUUACAAUGUUAAUAGAUAACUAUACGUUCCUUCUGCCAUCAUAUAGACGUAGGUUUCUACUGUAGAUUUACUUGUGUAAACUAUGCAAAUAAUCUAUCUGAGUUGAUAGCUUCAAAUGUACUUCUGCUCUUUCUUUCACAGCAGUACUUAUUACAACUAUCUGACUAUUCAAUAGAGCAAACAAUAAAUCUUACAGUUCAUCUGUCAAAGAGUUGCUACGUCUGUGUAUCAACAGUAGUAGUAGUAGUAAAAUCAAAGAGUUGCUACGUCUG